CCAGCAAUUUAGUUCAGCAUUGUGAAGCAUUGUGAAGUUGACCGCUGCUAUUAACGUGCAGUGAAGAUGGCGAGGUUAUGUGCGGRAAUCUUGUUUGUGAUUUGUUGUAUGUGUAGUUCUCUAGCGUAUCGAAGUACUCCAGGUUACGUUUUUAAGCACGAUCCGUAUAUCUAUAAAAUAGUCAUCGAGAAGUAUGACAAACGCACUUGGGUCGAGGCAAGAAAGAUUUGCCAAGAAGAAGAAAAUGGUGAAUUGCUGACAUAUGGUGAUCCCAAGGAAGCUGCGUGGGUCAAUCGACUUGUCGCUAACCUUACUGGAGAGAUGGGUUACUUGGGAAGGUUCUGGAUGGGAGCCACUGACAAACGGUUAAGGGGAGUAUACGAGUAUAUCGAUGACUCACCAUUCAARUACAGGGAAGCUCCGUGGGCUAAAGGCGAACCCAACCGACCAAAAGGGUUUGAAUAUAAUUACUGCAUUGUUACGGAAACCAAAGACAAGUCACCAGAAUGGAGUGAUGAGGACUGCUUUAAGAGCUUUGGCUACAUUUGCAAAUCCAGAGAUGCACCGAGGCGACUAAGAGCCGUUCAGCGAUUUGGAUAUUCUUGGGAGUGGAAUUACUACGACUAUAAGUUUGUUAUUCUACCAGAUGACUCAAUGACUUGGUCCGAAGCCGAAAUCUAUUGUCAAGAAGCCGAAUCGGGUCAUCUUUUGUCUAUCUACAAUUCAAAGGAAAGCGAAUGGGUUACGGAUAGAAUACGCCAGAUUCGACAAGUAUUAGGAUUCCAAGAGCUUUGGAUUGGUGCCACUGAUAUCUUCAGCAAGGGACAAUUUAAAUGGACCGAUGAAAAACCAGUAAAUUACACAAAGUGGCGUAACGGUACCGCCAACAUCCUAGCAGCUAGAAAACCCAGGGAGGCUUGUGUGUCGAUUCUUGCUCAUCCAAACUGGGGAGACUGGAACGAGGAGUACUGCAUUAAGAAGCUUCCUUUUGUUUGCAAGACUAAAAGUGAGUUGAUAUACUUCCUUACCAACCCCAACUUGCGSCGACUUGUAAAAACAACUAAUUUCUUUAACCAUCUAAUUAUUAUAUCAGGGGUUUUUGCAAUAUAUAUAUAUAUAAUUUACUACAUUGUAGAAAAAAAUAUGGUCCCUUGGGGAAAUUGCGAGAGUUUCAACAAGUAA